AUGGACUUCACGCGCAGGAGCAGGGUCGUACUGGUGGGUCGAAACGGGUCCGGCAAGAGCACUCUCUUGAGACUCAUUGCGGCCGCUACCGAGGCCGGAAGCGGCGCCCCCGUGGGUUGCGACAGGGGGCGGCGACAACCUUGCCCCGACACGAGGGAGAAUCGUCCGAAAUUCCAACGCGCGCGUAGACAGCACCACGUGGAGACGCUUCUCAUGUCCGACAGCCCGCUGCAGCAAAUGCGGAGGAUCUUCGGUAACGUGGAGGGCAUCAACGAGGCCGAAUUGCGUCGUCAGCUUGGUGAAUUAGUUUUCUUUGCGGGCGUCGUUUCUUUGUGA